GGAGGAGGAGGAGGAGGAGAAGAGCGGCGGCGCAGGGCGGGCGCGGCGGCGGUCGGGGCUGGGCUGGGCGAGCAGUGCGCGCCGGCGGCUGACGGGGCAGAGCGCACGCCGCCGCCUCCGCGCCAGCUGCGAGCUCCUACCGUCGUCGCCGCCGGCACAGGAGGGGGGCCAAGACGUCUCUCCAACGGGGGGCGAGCGCAGGACCGCGCCAGGCGUCCAAAAGAAGGAAGAUGCCUCGCGGCGACAGGGAGAGCGACUGGAGGGAAAAGGAGCAGUUCCGCAAGCUGUUCAUUGGCGGCUUAAGCUUUGAAACAACAGAGGAAAGCUUGAGGAAUUACUACGAGCAAUGGGGCAAGCUUACAGAUUGCGUGGUAAUGAGGGAUCCUGCAAGCAAAAGAUCAAGGGGGUUUGGUUUUGUAACAUUCUCCUCAAUGGCUGAAGUUGAUGCAGCCAUGGCUGCAAGACCUCACACGAUUGAUGGAAGGGUGGUGGAGCCUAAGAGAGCUGUGGCUAGAGAGGAAUCUGGAAAACCUGGUGCUCAUGUCACUGUGAAAAAACUAUUUGUUGGUGGUAUUAAAGAGGACACCGAAGAGCACCACCUUCGUGACUACUUUGAGGAAUAUGGAAAAAUUGACACUAUUGAAAUCAUUACUGACAGACAGUCUGGUAAAAAGAGAGGGUUUGGAUUUGUUACAUUUGAUGACCAUGAUCCUGUGGAUAAAAUCGUAUUGCAGAAGUAUCACACCAUCAAUGGCCAUAAUGCAGAAGUAAGGAAAGCUCUCUCUAGACAGGAAAUGCAGGAAGUUCAGAACUCUAGGAGCGGGAGAGGAGGGAACUUUGGUUUUGGUGAUGCACGUGGAGGUGGUGGCAACUUUGGUCCGGGGCCUGGCAGCAAUUUCAGAGGGGGAGCUGAUGGAUAUGGGAGUGGCCGUGGAUUUGGUGAUGGGUAUAAUGGAUAUGGUGGGGGACCUGGAGGUGGCAACUUCGGUGGCAGUCCUGGUUACGGAGGAGGAAGAGGAGGAUACGGUGGAGGAGGACCUGGAUAUGGCAACCAGGGUGGGGGCUAUGGAGGUGGUUAUGACAACUAUGGAGGAGGCAAUUACGGAAGUGGAAACUACAAUGAUUUUGGAAACUACAACCAGCAGCCAUCCAAUUAUGGUCCAAUGAAGAGUGGAAAUUUUGGUGGCAGCAGGAACAUGGGGGGACCAUAUGGUGGAGGAAACUAUGGUCCAGGGGGCAGUGGAGGAAGUGGUGGAUAUGGAGGGAGGAGCCGUUAUUGAGCUUCUGCAAGCUUGCCAUGGGAAGGUGCCAUGCUGCAGGUAACUAAUGAAGAAGUGGUCAACCACAGAAACGCUUCAAGAAAUAAGAAAUUCUGUAUCAUCAGAAAAUAGUUGUUUUUGCUGCCUUCAUUAAAAAAAACCUAGAGGUUAAAUGAAUACUGAUAAAAUAUCACAAUUAGUACAGCUCCCUGUAAUGCUGGGUUUUUUAAAUGAUAGUAAUAAUUGUCUUGUAAACCUUUCGAAUAAAAUCCAGAUUCGGUAGGAGAAACAAAUUACUAAUGUUAAAAUAGCAAACAUUCUGUGAGUUGAAGGUUUAACUACAUAUUUUUAUAACUUUCAUAGCUUUAAAAUAAAGUAUUUUUAUACCAAAAUAGUUCUAGUGUAAUGCUUAAUAAAACUUAGUGUGUGUCUAACAUUAAAUAACGUUGAUGUGCAGCUUUUAGACCUUCCAUGAUUUGAAACACGCCAUUUUGAGGUGGGUUUAAAAACCACGUUAACUUGGCAAGUGUAUGCACAGAACUUGUACCUCUGAACACAGGCACCUGUUCUCUGUUGGGAGAAACAGUGCUACACAUGAAACAUGCUGAUUAUUUUUUGCUUUUGGACAAAAUUGAUUUAAAAUAAGCUAUGUUUUUUAUCAUUUUUUAAAAAUAUCUCCUCCUUCCUGUUAAUGAAACUAACCACAAGACAGUUCAUCAAAAUGUGUUAGGACAAUAACUUUAUCCUUCUUACCUAUAAAGAGCUUUUAGCAUCAAUAGUGAAAGACGGAAUGGAAAAAAGAGUUCCUGCUGUACCAGAACUGUAUUACUGAUAGCUGCAUCUUCUGAAAAAAACAAGCAUGAGCUUGGGAGAGCUCCGGUUGGGAAUGUAUUGCUUACAUAAUUUAUUCUAAACUUGAAAUGUAUAUGCUUAAUAUUAGUAAAACUGUGACGUCUUUAACCUUCUUUAUAUAACUCAGAAGUACUACUUAAUGAUUCAAAAAUAUUUUUUGUAUGUUUUUUAAGUUGAAAUUUGAAAUACUUGCAUAGGUGACCAGUGGGCUGCAACGGAAGCAGAAAAUGAAGACAUUCAAAAUCUGCUUUAUUUUGCUCUUUCCAGCAGAAUGAGUUGACCAGUUGAUUAGGAAUUUGCCUUCUUUCCUGGAACUUAGAUUCUGGUUAAUGGAAGUUUUCUUUACAGUUGACAAGUCCACAUUCACAUCACAUAACUGAAAAAGUACUUCAAAGGGGAAUAUUCUUUCUGUUUGAUGUGUAUGCUUUUUCAAUAGGUUUGCAACAAGGUUCCAAAGUUCCUUAAUUAUGUAUGUUACAUUUUCCACGUGAAUGUUUUAAUUUCCAUCUACUGGGAAUGGGCAUUAACUCUAGGGGGUAGUAGCAUGCAAAAACUAAGUUACUGGAUGUCUGAAGUCUUGAAAGCUUGGAGCAUUUGAGUAAGUUUCCUGUUGUCUUACUGUUAAACUUCUUUGAUUUCUUUUUCUUGGUGCAUAACAGUUAAAGCAAAUGAAAAUCGGUGUUUUGCUGAUGAGUUCAGUGAGACGUGUCAUCGAGUCGACCUAAUACAGCUAGCAUUUCUGAAUAAAAACUGAAUUGGUCAAUUACUGC